CCGCCGCAGGAGCGCGGAGAGGCGCGGCGGUGGGAGCUGGCGCCGCCCCGCUCGGCCCCGCUCGGCCCCGCUCGGUCUCGCUUCCGCGCUGCGAUGGACUGAGCGCCGGACCGGCUGCGGGGAUGGGGCCGCCGCUCCCGCUGCUGCUGCUGCUGCUGCUGCCGCUGCCGCGCGCCCUGCCCGCCGCCCCCGCGCCCGCCCCCCGCGGCCGGCAGCUCCCGGGGCGCCUCGGCUGCUUGCUCGAGGAUGGCCUUUGUGGAUCGUCUGAGUCCUGUGUAAAUGAUGGAGUGUUCGGGAGGUGCCAGAAGGUGCCAGCUGUGGAUACCUACCGCUACGCGGCAUCUCCGCUGGCUCUGCAGCACCUGAGGGUCACCUUGCAGAAGCUCUCUCGCACAGGCUUCACGUGGCAAGAUGACUACACCCAGCGUGUGAUGGCACAGGAGCUCGCAAACCUCCCCAGAGCCUACCCGCAGCCUCCGGAGGCUUCCGGCCGAGCCAGGUCCCCACAGCAAGACAUGGGAAAUGACUGGAGACACAACCUGGAGAAUGACGAGGCCCUGGCCAAGGCCCUCCAGCACUACCUGCCCCUCCUGCUGCAGAAUGAGAGCCCACCAUCCAAGGGUGAGGACCCCUUCCCCGAGAGUGUCCUGACCUAUGUGGCCCACACAUCUGCGUUGACCUACCCUCCUGUGACCCGAGCCAAGUAUCCUGAAAACUUUCCACUGCGGACUCUCAGCAGGCUGCAGCCAGAUGAGCUCAGUCCCAAGGUGGACAGCAGCAUGGACAGACAGCACCUGAUCGCAGCUCUUGGUGCCUAUGCUGCUCGGAGGCCCCCUUCAGUCCCCAAGGAGGGUGACACAGGUCCACAGUACCUUCUGCACAAGCCCUUGAGAGUGCCAAGGCCCCUCUUGGCGGCAGCAGCCCCCAAGAAGUGGCCCUCAUCUCCAGAAGACCUCAAAGGCCCCCUGAGCAGAGGUGAUGAUGUGCUCAUUCAGAGUCUCCUGAAGGACCUGUGGCAGCGCCAAGCUGAAGUGGAGCACCUGGGCCCCCUGGAGCUGGAGGAGAUGGUGGGCACAGUUGCAGGCCCCAUGCAAGGUAACGGAGCGCUCAGGGACGAGGAGGAGGGGCGGUUCCCCGAGGUCAGUCGACUGAGGGCCGCACCUGGGGACCUGGUGCAGGACCGCAGGUCUCCACUCUUGCCUGGAGCCCCCACUCUGGAAGAGCUCUCUAAAUCAGAGACCAUGAAGUCGGAGGAGCCCGAGGCCUCCUUGUCUUCAGCAGAGGAGGGUGCUGGGGUGGAGAAUGUGAAGAGCCACUCUUACUCCAAGGACCUGUGGCAGAAGUUGAGCUCAGAGGCCAGGGCUGCCGGGCCUGGGGAGCUGCAGGCCCGGGUUCCAGGGGCCCUACGGGAGGAGCAGAGCCCCCGGGCAGGAGCCCAGGGCCCGCCUGCUGAGGGCUUGCAGCUGGAAGUCAAGCCUUCUGUGGAAGAGGACUCAGGCUACAUCGUGACAGGAAACGACUCCCUGAACCUGGAGAAGGGGAAGCAGCUGAUGGGGGAUGUUGCUGGCCUCCUGCAGGUGCCGCCCAGCAUCUUUGCAGAUAUUGAUGUCCUGGGACCAGCAGUGACCUUCAAAGUGAGUUCCAAUGUCCAAAACGUGACAACUGAAGAUGUUGUGAAGGCCACAGCUGACAACAAAGACCAGCUGGAGAAGGCAUCCGGACUGACGAUCCUUCGAAGCGGAGUUGGGCCGAAAAGCAGACUCGCGCUUCUGCCUCAUCAGGGAGAGCAGGAAGACUCCACCAAGUUCAUCCUGCUCACCUUCCUCUCCCUCGCCUGCAUCGUGGGGGUUCUCCUUGCUUCCGGCUUCAUCUACUGCCUCCGCCACAGCUCCCACUAUAAGCUGAAGGAGAAGCUGUCGGGACUGGGGGGUGACCUGGGUGCAGAUGCCACCACCGCCUACCAGGAGCUGUGCCGCCAGCGCAUGGCCGCCCGGCCCCCAGAACGGCCUGAGGGCCCCCACACAUCCCGCAUCAACAGCGUCUCGUCGCAGGUCAGCGAUGGGCCGAUGCCCAGCCCAUCUGCUCGGAGCAGCACCUCGUCCUGGUCGGAAGAACCCGUCCAGCCCGACAUGGACAUCUCCACCGGCCACAUGAUCCUGGCCUACAUGGAGGACCACCUGAAGAACAAGAACCGGCUGGAGAAGGAGUGGGAGGCGCUCUGUGCCUACCAGGCGGAGCCCAGCAGCUCCCUGGUGGCCCAGAGGGAGGAGAACCUGCCCAAGAACCGCUCGCUGGCGGUGCUGACCUAUGACCACUCCAGGAUCCUGCUGAAACUGGAGAACAGCCACAGCAACUCGGACUACAUCAACGCCAGCCCCAUUAUGGAUCACGACCCCAGGAGCCCCGCGUACAUCGCCACCCAAGGACCCCUCCCCAGCACUGUGGCCGACUUCUGGCAGAUGGUGUGGGAGAGCGGCUGUGCCGUCAUCGUCAUGCUGACGCCCCUCACGGAGAGCGGCAUGCGCCAGAGCCACCACUACUGGCCCGAUGAAGGCUCCAGCCUCUACCACUUCUACGAGGUCAACCUGGUCUCGGAGCACAUCUGGUGCGAGGACUUCCUGGUGCGGAGCUUCUACCUGAAGAACCUGCAGACCAAGGAGACGCGCACGGUGACCCAGUUCCACUUCCUGAGCUGGUAUGACCGGGGCGUCCCCUCCUCCACAGGGGCCCUCCUGGACUUCCGCAGAAAAGUAAACAAGUGCUACAGGGGCCGUUCUUGUCCGAUAAUCGUUCACUGCAGCGACGGUGCAGGCCGGAGCGGAACCUACGUCCUGAUUGACAUGGUUCUCAAUAAGAUGGCCAAAGGUGCUAAGGAGAUUGAUAUCGCCGCGACCCUGGAGCACCUGAGGGACCAGAGACCAGGCAUGGUCCAGACAAAGGAGCAGUUUGAGUUUGCGCUGACCGCCGUGGCAGAGGAGGUGAACGCCAUCCUGAAGGCCCUUCCCCAGUAGGCGCACCCAACCCCGGAGCCGGCCGGAGUGCUGCGGGCCCCGCUCUGCCUGCCUCCUCUUGAAACCGCAGUCGUGGGCCCACCAGACCCCGCGUCAGUCGUCGCAGGACUUCCACGCGGCCCGAGAGCCAGGGAGACGUCGGCGGGGCGGGGAGGGUGGGUCGCCGGCUCACGCUCUGGGUGCUCUCUCCUGAAGCGCACGCUCCCCAUCUCGCAGAAGCCCGUCCACCCACGACACCGUGGUCCACACGUUCUCUGCUGCUUGCAGGGAGGGAGUGGGCUGCGCCCCGCACGCUGGAGGAGGGUGCAGGCCAGAGGGCUGGGGGAUCCGCAGGCCCACGCGGAGGCCGCGGUAUGGAAGUCACCUUCGGCCCCCUCCUUAAGACCAUCUGCCAUUGGGACAGGCAGGACCCUCGCCCUGCAGCUUUGGGGAGAUAAGACACAUCAUCCUGGCCUCUCUGCCUGUGCCCAGUGACACUGUGGGUGGCCUUGCCAGCCACACCUUACCCCAAGCACAGAGAGGGGCUCCUGGCAGACUCCUUCCUUCCCAGGGGCAGAGACAGCCUCCUGAGGCCAGGCCCUCCCGGAUCACCUCCCUCGGCAAAGCCAUGGGUGAGCCCAGCUGGAGACGCGUUUUAAAUGUUGAAGUCUCGAUUCCUUCAUUUCAAAAACAGAUGCCCCCGGUGAACCUUCUAUGAGAUACCCAAACCAGAACCAAGUGGGCGCUCAACAAGCCCUACAGGCCCGAGCUCUCAGCUCUGCCAGGCCAGGUGGCCCCAGGCCCAUCAAAGCCCACCCGCCCCCCCGGGAAGAGCAGGCGCAGAAGCCCUGCCAGCCCGGCUCCAUCUGCAGGGACGGCCCCCAAGGAGAGGGAAGCCCAAGUCGCUGCCCCUCCCGGGCGUGUGUAGUGAGACCCUCAUUUCUGGAUGAUUCAGGUCGGCAAAAUAACCUCUGAGCGUCAGAUUUACCACCUCCUCCCAGAAACAGGAAAAUUCACUUCACUAAACUCAGAACGAUGGCAUCCGGGAGGGCACAGAGGUGUUGCAGUUGGCCGCACACACGUCUGUGGGUUAAGGGUGAAUAGAGCCCUCCGGCCGUGUCCCCUCCACCAGCUCCAGUGAACAGGUCCCGGUGCACGAGGGAGAAGGGCCACCAAGCGGGGAGAGACGCCAAAACCGAGUUUCGUCUUUCCAUGCUGUUGUGUAUCUGCUUUACUCUGUCAUCUCUCUUCCAAAGUCAUUUCUCGCUAUCUGGAAUUUAAAUAAUGAUCACUAGAAAUGCUUUAUCUGAAUAUAGGACCAUAUGCCUACUUGUGAUUUCUACCUUCUCUUGUUUCAAAGGAAACCCUCCAGUGUGAGAUGUAUAAAUACAUUUAAUCAUGUCAUAUUAAACUGCUAACUUGACAUUCGAUGCUCUUCAUUUGUGGAGGAGAACAGUUCUUCCUGUCCAUCUUUCGUGUCCUGAAGAUACUGGACAUUCAGAGUGCCAAGUCAAAGGUGAUCCGACUUGGGACUCGGGGUGCCCAGUGCUCCCUCCCGCCUGGGGUCAGCGUGGCCCAGCAAUCUCAGUCGCCUGCAGACGCCUGCUCUCCCUGCACGGGCACCGCCGGGGCCUCAGCACGUGCUGCCCAGCUCUGACCCACCCGGGGACGGCCUCUGAGCCCAGCAGAACCACAGCCCCAUCCACGCCGGCUGCCCCUCUCACCUCACAGCACACACCCUGGGGGCAUCUCCAGGUCCUGGGGGAGGCUCUCCUUCUUGACCAUUUGGGAAAUGAGGUCAGGGGAGCCAGUUGACCACAAGUCAGGUGAUCCCUGACAGCACCCACCACCGAAGGGGUGCUGGCCCCAGGGGUCUGCGUUCGCGUCUUAAGCAGCAGGCCUCUGACACACUGGCUCCAGUCCUCUUCCCUUUUGGGUCCCUCCCCGUGUCUGCGACCUGCAGGGAUUGCAGCGUUGGCUCUUCUGCGUGGGGAGCGCUGCUGGCCGGCCAUGCUGAGCCCGCCGUGAGCACACAGCAGCACACGUGAAGGCCCUGGGGCCAGUGCUCAUCAGAGUGAAGGGUGCAGAGCAGCAGGGCAGACGGAAUGCCGGCUCCUGCUGCUGCUGCCAGUGAGCAGGGUGUGGGCAACACUGUCUUUGGGUGCGGCUAAGCCCCAAAGAAAGGGCUCCUGGGGUGCCAUGGCCGAUGUGGGAGGGGUGUCCACACUGCACCCAGGGUGGGGGCCUGUGGCCAGCAACAGCUUCAGGCACCGGGUGCUCUGAAGACGUGCGCACAGAGCUCACGCAGCGUCCUGCAGAGGUGAGGGGCACACAGACGGCAGGCCUCAUCGCCAGCUCCGGGGCGCUGACGCUCACGGAGGGCUGGCCCUGCGCACCACGCAGCUCCGUCCCUUGGCCACACAGUUCCCACGGGAACACGGUCGAUGGUGACUUGCCGAGCCGGCAAGAGGAGACAGGGAGAGGCCGGCUCUGGCUCGUCGGCGGCCUGGAGGGUGCGGGUCCUGGCACUCUGGAGGACCAUGUUUGGCCUUCCUGGGCUGUUCACGGACACCACACCUGCAGUUUAGCCAGCAUCCCGACUGUGUGCCCCAGACGCAGAUCGGAACGCUGCUGUGAGAGCACUGAGCACAACGUCUGAGCUGAGCCGGGCAAGCGUUGGCACCCCACGAGGAAGACACCACCAGACACAGUGCUGUGGCCACCCGGGGGCUGAGGCAUAGGCUCUCAGGUUCAAGGCCGCCUGGACAACUCGUCGUUUAUCAAACACAGAACGGGCUGGGGGUGUGGCUCAGCCGUAGAGCUCGUGUCUGGCACACACCAGGCCCUGGGGUCCAUCCCCAGCACUGCAAAGAAAACGUUUUUAAAGGGGAAGAGAUCAGGUUUGGAAAAGACACACCCAGACUGAAAUCCCUUAAAUAACGAAGUUCUUGAGCUGCCUUCCAGGAUCGCCGCCAGGCCUGUCCUUAGAGUUUAGAACCAGCUCUUCAACCGUGGACAGGAGCAUCAGAGGCCCGUGCGUUCCGGUCAGUGAUGUCCCAGGUCAGAAUCCCCCAGGCAAGCCCCCGGGAGGGAGGUGCAGCCUCAGACGACAGCAGCUUCUCCCCUGCCGUGAACUCGGCACACCAGUGCCAGGCGGCGGCAAGAAUUCACGGCUCCAGCCCUCUUGCUGAUUCACUGCACAAUAAAGCUUUUCCUCUUUGCAAACACCUGGUGCCUAAUUUUUGCUUCUGUGAUAAGUCCUUGCUCCAUGACCUUGAGUAUUUUCUAUCAAUGUUUUAGUAUAACUUGUUAGUUAACAUAAUUUUUAUUGAAUGAUUAUCUAAAAACCAGUCUACAAAAUCCCUAAAAUCCUAACAAUCUGCAAACCCUGCCGGCUGGUUACCCCAACCCACCCAGGAAGAAGAAAGCUGGACCCUGCAGGGAGCUGGGGCACCAUCCUGCCCACAGGGCACAGAGGGUCCAUGCUGGAAAGUUAAGGUUGAAAACCGACCCACGCCCAGGGAGAUCCCAGGUCCCCAGACAAGGAAGGGCAUGCUCCUCACUGGGGAGCCUGCCCAGCCCAGGCAAGAGGACCCUGGGGCCAGCUCUUGGUCAGCACUAGGGCUGGAACCCAGGGCCUCGCACGGGCUAGGCAAGGCUCCACC